UUUAUUGUGUUGGCCAAAACCAAAACAACAAGCAUCUGUAGUCGCCUCGCUGUUUAUAAAAAAAAAAACGCGUUUCAAUCCAACCGUCUGCACAGCGACCGAGUGCAGAGAAUAUACUCCGCCGCGUUGUUUUUUUAUGUCAAGUAUUAGUCAAUAAUUCAUUAUUGUUGAUUGAUAUUGCAGCCGUCGACUUCUGCGCAUCUGGAUCGGACUAGCUAGCCAGCUAGCCAGCUAGCCAGCUAGCGGGUCGUCGUUGUGAUCUCGCCGGUGGUUUCUAUUAGGCUUCGCCUUGUCAAGUCACUCUCGGUUCAUGGAGCAGCGGGACGAGGAUAUUGCCGGAAAAUGUAAAUAGUCAUGGCGCCAGAGAGACGGGAAUUGGCAGUGCCAGCGAUGGCCUCCCCCCUCCCCGUCGUCUCCUUCCUCCUCGCGGCGCUCCUGCUGUUGGCCAAGUCGCCCCAGUGCCAGUCCGGUGACUGCAAGGGGCACCGGCAGGUUUUGAGGGGACCACCUGGCUACGUCACAGAUGGACCAGGGAACUACUCUGUCAACGGGAACUGCGAGUGGCUCAUCAGAGCGCCUAACAACAGCCAUCGCAUCGUGUUGAAUUUCACCUUCAUGAACACAGAGUGCACUUACGACUACCUGUUUGUGUAUGACGGAGACUCUUAUCAAAGCCCCCUGCUGGCCAGCCUGAGCGGCAACACCCUGCCGCACCCCAUCGAGGCCAAGUCCGGAAAGAUGCUGCUUCAUCUCUUCAGCGACGCCAACUACAACCUCUUGGGCUUCAACGCCACCUACACCUUCUCCCUGUGUCCCGGAGCGUGCGGCGGUCACGGCCGCUGCGAUCCGUCCACACACAAGUGCCAUUGUCAUCAGAGUUGGGGCGGGCCGGCUUGCGCGACGCCUCUGUGCUCCCACACCUGCUUGGCGCACGGCCAGUGUGACAAGAAAGGAGAGCGCUGCCUUUGUAACCCGGGCUUUCUGGGUCACAGUUGUCAGCUGGGUCUCCAUGAUGACAGCGGGGCGGGGCAGUGGUGGCACGUCAGCGAGGUGGACCCCUACAUGUCGCCCAGGACUGGCUCUGCUGGUGUGUACCUGGCCUCCACUGGGGCCCUGUACCUGUUUGGAGGGUUCGACCUGAACAGAGCGCUUGGUGACUUGAACAAAUUCAACUUCACGUCCAACCAGUGGGAGAGAAGGUCUUACGGUCACUCACCUCUGGCCCGCCAUUCCCACACAGCUGUAGAGUGGGCGGGAAACAUGGUCAUCUUUGGUGGGGAGUUGCUUAACGGCUCGCUGGCAGGGGAUGUCUGGAUGUACCGCCCACUGCAGGAUGACUGGCAGCAGCUCGGCUUUUCACAAAGCGACGGCGGCCCCAAGCUGGCCAAUCACGCAGCAGCCGUAGUGGAUAGUUACCUCUAUGUGUUUGGAGGUCGCACAGAGGAGGACAUGUUUUCCUCCUCCCUCUAUCGGUUCAGUCUGAGAGGCUCUGGGCGGUGGGAGACAAUUCAGCCCACUGGUGGAAAGCCUCCGGCCACUGCUGGUCACUCCAUGGUGUUCCACAGCCCCUCUAGGACAUUGCUGGUGUACGGCGGCCACAGGCCAACCACUGCAAGGUUUAGCGUGAGGGUGAACAACACCGACGUAUUCCACGUGGACCAGCGAUUUUGGACGUUGUUCCGUUCCCGUUACCCGGCAACGGGCCCCCGAGAGCGAGCUUUCCACUCUGCCACCGUCAUUGGAAAUUACAUGGUAGUCUACGGUGGAAAUGUUCAUAUCCACUACCAAGAAGAGAAGUGCUAUGACGAGGAGAUCUUCUUUUACCAUUUGGGCUGUCACCAGUGGGUGUCUGCAGGGGACAGAUGGUCUCUCAAUGGGGAAGGUGUAAAGGGGCGCUACUCCCACGUUGCCGCUGUGAUAGAGGGACGAGUGCUGCUGGUUGCAGGGGGUUACAGUGGCGUUGCCCUUGGAGACCUGGUGGCUUUCAAAAUGCCACUGUUUGUCAGUAGCAAAGAGGGCGAUCGGGAUGCUGUUUGUGCUGAGGCCUUGGAUGAAAGCAUGUGUCUGAAGAACCCAGAAUGCAGCUGGUGUGAAGGCCGCUGCAGAGAGUAUCAGCCCACCGAUCCGUGCGGCAGUACCGGUUGCCUGGGCCUGGCGCGCUUCCUGUCCGACUGUCAAUCCUGUCUGGUGUUCAGCGGCACCCCGCCUUCGCUGGCCCGUGCUCCCGGCGAAUUCGGCUGGUGUGUGCAGAACGAGUCCUGCCUGCCAGUGUCAGAGCGAAGUGCGUGCCGUGUGGACCAGAUCUCGGGGGCGUACGGCUGGUGGGGGGAGCGUACCCGUUUCCUAACCUCCCUCCACUCCUGUCGCACCGAGAACUUUGUCCCGGGACUGCACCUGCUCACCUUCCAGCAUCCCCGCAACGACUCCCAGCCUGACAAGGUGUCCAUUCUCCGCAGCACCACCAUCAUCCUCAGCCCAACCACCGAGAUGGAUGUGGCCCUGCAGUUCAGGGGCUUCAUCCAUCCUUUAUGGGGGGCCCCGCCACCAGUACCCCCUCCCACCGAGACUGUCUCUAUGUGGGCUCGCAUCCAGAGACUCCACUUUGAGGCGCGAAUGGCGGCAGGCCCCAACUCGAGCCAACUGGAGGUGGUGGGUCGCUGGGCGGCUCAGCAGGAGAAAGAGUUAAAUCUGCUGGCUCGCACUGAUGGGAGCAGACUGUUCUCCAACCUCACCAGAGGUAACCACUACCUGGUCCAGGCUGAGGGCUACCUGAACAAUUCGGGCUCAGGGCAGACCAGUGAGAUGGCCCUGAUCUGGAACAGAACUCUGUAUGGAGAAAGCGAGAUCUCCUUCCUGUUCCUGGAGCCCUACCGCUCAGGCUCCUGUUCAGUGUACAUGUCCUGUCUGGCCUGUCUCUCGGACCAGUCUUGCGGCUGGUGCCCGACUCUGUCUCGAUGUCUGCUCCGGGACGGCCCUGAACUUAAACCCUGUCCUGAGGGGGGGCCUGGAGAAGACAAAGGGGAAGCUCAGCGCCAUCUGCUGCUAGCACCUCAACACUGCACCCUGUGUGAAGAGUACAGAGACUGCUCAGCUUGUACUCAGGACCCUUACUGUGAGUGGCAGAUCAACUCCAGCAAAAAAGGAGACUACCAGUGCAGCAGGAGAGGAAGAUUGGACGGCUCGAUACGUCAUCCGUUGGGGUGUCCUAGAGUCUGCAACCAGCGGAUGACAUGUGGCGAGUGCCUCUCUAACUCCAGUCAGUGUGCUUGGUGUGAGUCGGCCCAGGCUUGUUUCUAUUUUGCCGCCUACCUGACCAAAUACCCAUAUGGGGAGUGCAGGGACUGGUAUGACAGUGUGCAUUCCGUUCCACAAUGCAAGCAAUGCUCGGCUUUAAACACGUGCACAGACUGCCUGCGAACGUUCCAGUGUGGCUGGUGCGGGGACUACAAUAAUCCUACCAUUGGAAAAUGUCUGAAGGGAGAUUGGGCUGGAAUAGAUGAUCCAUCAGUGUUUAACUGCAGUGUGGCUGUAGCUGAAGCUCGAGCUGCUAAUCCUGAGCCACAGACCUCCGCUCCGCCUCGACCUUUAGACAUGGAAAUGGAGCUGGAGCACAUGGACGAUGAAGAGCAAGAUGCCGUCUGGUCCUAUCCCACCUGCCCCGAUGUGGAAGAGUGCCGCCUGGGUCUCCAUAACUGUCAUCUUUUCGCCACCUGUAUCAACACCCCCACUUCUUACGAGUGCCACUGUGAGCGAGGCUACACAGGGGAUGGCACUUUGCACUGCAAUCAGACGUGUUACAAUGAAUGCAGAGAGGGCCAGUGCAGUGGCAGCCCACGCUUCGAGUGCGAAUGCUCCCUAGGUUGGACAUCCGAUCCAGCCACCUUGGUCCUUAGUGGUGUCGAAUGUGAUGUGGACUGUGGCUGCAACUUUCACUCCACCUGUAUCACUGCACCAGGGAUCUGUGAUGAAUGCCAAGACUGGACCACAGGGCCCCACUGCGAGCACUGCCGCCCAGGGAGCUUUGGCUCAGCCCUGGCUGGCGGCGGCGGCUGCGUGUCGUGCGAGUGUAACGGCCACGGCGACCCCAUGCGAGGAUACUGCCAUAACCAGACAGGCCAGUGUUACUGCACACAUAACACUCAAGGGCUCCACUGUGAGUCCUGCCUUCCCGGUUACUACGGCGACCCAAGGAAUAAUGGAACGUGCUACCGGCAGUGCCAGGGUCGCUCAGUGCUGCUCUCCUCCUCCUCCUCCAACGUCCCUCUCUCCUCUUCCCUGGGCUGGAGAAGUGGCACAGAGCGCAGAGGAGGGCUCUCUCAUUGCCUUUGGGUUCUGUCAGUGACUGAAAACUUGGGACCCUGCCUCCCCGGACAACUGUGUCCCCCUGUCGCCCUCACGCUGCACCCAGACUCCCAUACCCAAUGUAAAAGCUCGUAUGUGUACGUGUUUGAUGGCCUUCCUCGUUUUCUGGACAAUGGCGUCGUGCAGUCAGAUCACAAUCUGAUCGGUGCGUUUUGCGGCACCACAAGGACCCAACCUAUCACGGUGGAGGCCACAUCAGGUGUGAUCUCGGUCUACUUUGAGGCCAACGUGUCGUCCAGCAAGCCCCAAGGCUUCAACGCCUCUUUCUGGGUGCGGCGGUGUCGCCACAGCUCUAACGAGGGCGAUGAGGGGUCGCCUCCGUGUCCAGGUGGCGCCCAGUGCCAAGGCGGGCUCUGCCAGUGCCCGCCAGGGUAUGUAGGACCCCACUGCGAUCGGCUAUUGUGUCCCCAGUACUGCGGCGUUGCAGAGGGAAGAGGAGCUUGUAAUAUAACCCUCGGAGUGUGUGUGUGCUCAAAGAACUGGGCAGGCUCCGACUGCUCUGUGCCUCGCGACUCCAACAGCCUUGUCUGGGAGACCCUGCUGGACACGCAACUGACAGUGAACCAGGCCCACAGGUUCCUCCACAGGAUGGGACACUCUCUGGUGUCUGGACCUCAUGGCAACCUUUGGAUGUAUGGGGGACUCUCUCUGUCGGAGGGAAUUUUAGGAAAUAUUUAUAGGUAUUCAGUCUUCGAGCGCCGCUGGACCCAAAUGUUGACGAGCUCGGCAGACGAGGGCUCCACACCUGUCCCUCGCUAUCACCACGCUGCCGCCCUGCUGACCAGUCAUGAAAUGGGUGUGAGUCACAACUGCAUGCUGGUGGUAGGCGGUGUCACGCAGCACUCAGUCGCCAUGGACGCUUGGAGUCUGAACCUCAGUAGUUUAGUCUGGAGAGAACACAAGAGCUCAGUGCUGCCCCCUGUGGCGGGCCACACGCUUACAGUACGGCGGGACAACUCUGUUCUCCUGAUCGGAGGUUACUCUCCGGAGAACGGCUUCAACCACCAUCUGCUGGAGUUCAGCCCUCACACUGGAAACUGGACCGUUUCCCCCCACACCGGAACGCCACCUACAGGUUUAUACGGCCACUCGGCUGUUUACCACGAGCAGACCGACGCUGUCUACGUGUUUGGAGGUUACCGUUUUCACGUGGAGGCCGUGGAGCCCUCGGGAGAGCUUUACAGCCUGUACUACCCGAACCUCACCUGGUCUCUCCUGGUGCCCUCACAGGGUAAUAAGCCUUUAUCGCGUUUCUUCCACGCUGCAGCCCUGAUGAAAGACACCAUGGUCAUUGUUGGAGGACGGACCGAAGCAGAAGAUUACAGCAACUCUGUGUCCUUGUACCAGAUCAACUGUAACACCUGGAUCCAACCAGAUUCUGCCAUAGGAGACCCAGUCAACCGUUCGGUGUCUCUUGCCAUGACGAGCUUGGGAGGUAGCCUGUUCUUGUCGGGUGGCUUUAAUGGCGUCACCUUAGGGCGCCUGCUUAACUUAACAGUGCCCGCCGACCCCUGCGCCGUGAUGUCCACACCAGAGACCUGCAACACUACCACCGGGAGCUGCGUUUGGUGCAGAGGCACUUGUGCGUCUUCUGAUAGUGCUGAAAGAAUGGGCUGCUUAUCUGGCCAGUCGCCCUGUUCUCCAACCCCACGUCAGCCAGAUCAGUGCCGCAGACUUAAGACCUGCAGUGAAUGCCUCGCCCGACAUCCCAAAACAUUCUCCACGCCAUCACAGCCCGCGUUCCAAUGCAAGUGGUGCACCAACUGUCCGGAGGGGGCGUGCAUCAGCAGCUCUGUGAGCUGCACGUCCGAGCACGACUGCCGCAUCAACCAGCGAGAGAUCUUCCUCUCCAGCAACUGCACCGAAACCAGCUGCGAGGCAUCGGAUUGCCCCAAGUGUACAGCAUCUGGCAAAUGCAUGUGGACACGCCAGUUCAAGCGUACAGGCGAGACGCGGCGAAUCCUGAGCGUGAACCCUACAUACGACUGGACCUGCUUCAGCUACGCCCUCCUUAACGUCUCACCGAUGCAGGUGGAGUCCUCGCCACCGCUGCCGUGCCCACCCCCUUGCCACACCCUCCUUAACUGCAGCCUGUGUCUGGGGUCCAGAGGCUCUGACGGGGGCUGGCAGCACUGUGUGUGGAGCAUGGCUCUGCAGCAGUGCAUGAGUCCGUCCUUCAUUCAGCUGCGAUGUGAAGCGGGCCAGUGUGGUCGUCUUCUCUCGGGUGGUGACUCCUGCUCUCCCCAGUGCUCCCAGCUCACCCAGUGCUCCCUGUGCAUCGCCAGACCCCAGUGUGGCUGGUGUGCGACACGGGGUGCCAAUGGGGUGGGAUACUGCCUCCAAGGAGGACUUAAUGGACUGAGUGAGGGCGUCUGUCCCCUGAGAAACAGCACCUGGUCCUUCCUGCACUGUCCAGAGGAGGACGAAUGCGCCAACGGCCAUCAUCACUGCAACAGCACAGAGGACUGCCACGACCUUCCUCAAGGAUACCACUGCACCUGCAAACAGGGUUAUAUACUCAGCAGUGUCAGUGGUCAGUGUGAGUCAGUUUGCGCACAAGGCUGUGUGAACGGGACCUGCGUGUCCCCCGGUGUGUGCCGCUGUCACUUUGGCUUUGUGGGGGAAAACUGCUCCUCUCAGUGCAGCUGUAACAAACACAGCAAUUGCGCAAGUGUGGCAAAACCGGACGUUUGCCUCGAAUGCCACAACAACACCAUAGGCAAGCACUGCGAAAAGUGUAAACCGCUGUUUGUGGGCUCGGCCAAAGGGGGCGGCACCUGUCGACCAUGCCGAGAGUUCUGCAGGGGAAACAGCGCCCUCUGUCUGUCCCGGGAUGAACACAAGAAGGCCUUGGAGAACCCACGUCGCUUUCCCCUGGAACAAAACAGCAUUCACAACUGGGUGUCCGAGGGUCCCACAGAAGAGAACGCUGUUUGUGUGAGUUGCCAGAACAACAGUGUGGGGGACAAGUGUGAGAGCUGCCUCAGUGGUUUUUUCCUGCUGCAGGGCAAGUGUGAAAAGUGUCAGUGUAAUGGCCACGCAGACACGUGCAAUGAGCAUGACGGCACGGCUUGUCCAUGCCAGAACAACACAGAGACCUCCUCCUGUCUUAGUAGUCCUCAGAGUGACCGCAAGGACUGUUACCGACAACAGUGCGCCAAGUGCAAAGACUCUUUCAACGGCACACCGGUGAACGGGCGGCAGUGCUACCGCCAGUUCAACGUGGACACCGAGUGCUGCUUCGACCCCACCUCCCAGACCAACUGCUUCCACGACCCCACCAUCCGCAACCUGCCGCGGGGGCGCACCGUCUUCUUCGCCGCCCAGCCCAAGUUCACCAACGUGGACAUCCGGGUCACCAUCGACGUCACCUUUGGCGAGGUGGAAGUGUACGUGUCCAACUCGCACGACACGUUCAUCGUGGAUGUGGACCGCCACACGGGCGUCCACGCCGUCAUGAUCGAGGAGGAGUCCGCGGCUCGAGGGACAGCAACGGGGGUAGACAAGGACUCGCCCCCGUCCCCCAUCAAGGUUUUUGCCAACGCUUCAUCCGGCCAAGGUCCUGUCAUUUCCCACAAUCCAUUGCAGCUGCAAGCGAAGUCUCCAGGCUCCGAGAGGGAAAUUAGGGAGGAGCGUUCUGAAGGCCUCAUCACCUACAUCACGGUGUGGAAACCGCAGACGGUCCUGAUCGUCCGCGGUGUCCGGGACCGCGUGGUCAUCACCUUCCCACACGAGGUGCACUCGCUCAAAUCCAGCCGCUUCUACAUCGCUCUCCGGGGGGUGGGGGCGGACGCCAAGCAGGGCGAGUCCCAAGGCUUGCUCUUUUUGCGACAGGACCAAGCCCACAUCGACCUGUUUGUCUUCUUCUCUGUCUUCUUCUCCUGCUUUUUCCUUUUCCUGUCCGUCUGCGUCCUUCUGUGGAAGGUCAAGCAGUUCCUGGACUUCCGGCGGGAGCAGCGCCGACACAUCCAGGAGAUGACUAAAAUGGCGUCCCGGCCCUUCGCCAAGCUCACCAUAUACUUGGAGCCGGAUGAGCCUCAGCUCAUCUAUCUGCCGUCGACAGUGGGAGGGGUGGGCGGCGGCACCGUGUCGCUCGCCCACGCCCGCUCCGGCAAGUUAGGAGGAGUGAUGCUGACUCAGAGAGGUCGCGCCGGAGCCGUGUCCUUCAAACAUGACCUCGGCUCCGGGCCCACAGCCCACCACCACCACCACCACCUCACCCAAGGCGGGGGCAACAACGGCCAGCACCUCCCGCUGCACUACCUGAACACCCACCACUACGCCGGCACCACCGCUGGCACCCAGGCCUCGCAUCAGCACCACCCGUCCACCUACAGCGGCUACCAGAACAUCUGCCGCUCCGACCCCUUUCUGUCUCAGCUCAUGGGCUUCUCCUACUCCUCCUUCAAGGUGGGGCCCAUCACCCUGGAGCCCACAGACGACGGCAUGGCCGGCGUGGCCACCGUCCUCUUUCAGCUGCCCGGCGGCGUCCUGGCUCCGAACCGUGCCUGUCUGGGCUCCGCGCUGGUUACGCUCCGGCAGAACCUGCAGGAGUACUGCGGCCACGGCAACGGAGGGGGGCACCAAGGUGCGGGCGCCGGGCGCAAGGGGCUGAUGGGGCAUCAGCACCUGACCACUAUGGCUAUGUAGGAGCCAUACUAUCUCACUGUACACUUAGAGGGAAGGAAUUUAAUUAUUUGGCUUACAUCUUUUCAUGGAAGGAGGAGCAAUGAGAGAUUUAUCGUCACCUGUGGUGAGCAAUUUGAACAAUUGUACAUACACUGUAUAAUGCUUUGUUACGUGUCCCGUAUCAUGUAUCGCUUUACUGUACUUCAGUGUUUCCAUCCACCAAGCCAGCUGUCCUGAGAAUGCGCCAAAACGACGACAUUUCUCCACUUUUGUUCACUUCGGAGGUAUGAAGCUAGCGCUCGCUUCGGAACCAAUACAUGCUUUAAUACCCAAUAGUGACAAUCAAGCUUCCAAUUGAGACUAAAAUCAAUAUAAGUACAGCAUUAAGUGCAGCAAUUGUGAUUGUUACAGCUGAGGAAAUAUCUGUAAUACAAACCCUGUUUCCAUAUGAGUUGGGAAAUUGUGUUAGAUGUAAAUAUAAACAAAAUACAAUGAUUUGCGUUUCCUUUUCAACCCAUAUUCAGUUGAAUACACUACAAAGACAAGAUAUUUGAUGUUCAAACUCAUAAACAAAUAAUAAGUAACUUAGAAUUUCAUGGCUGCAACACGUGCCAAAGUAGUUGGGAAAGGGCAUGUUAACCAUUGAGUUACAUCACCUUUUCUUUAAACAACACUCAAUAAAUGUUUGGGAACUGAGGAAACUAAUCGUUGAAGCUUUGAAAGUGGAAUUCUUUCCCAUUCUUGUUUUAUGUAGAGCUUCAGUCGUUCAACAGUCCGGGGUCUCUGCUGUCGUAUUUUACGCUUCAUAAUGCACCACACAUUUCCGAAGGGACACAGGUCUGGACUGCAGGCGGGCCAGGAAAGUACCCACACUCUUUUUUUUUUUUUUUACGAAGCUACGCUGUUGUAACACGUGCUGAAUGUGGCUUGGCAUUGUCUUGCUGAAAUAAGCAGGGGCGUCCAUGAAAAAAAACGUUGCUUAGAUGGCAGCAUAUGUUGUUCCAAAACCUGUAUGUACCUUUCAGCAUUAAUGGGGCCUUCACAGAUGUGUAAGUUACCCAUGCCUUGGGCACUAAUGCACCCCCAUACCAUCACAGAUGCUGGCUUUUGAACUUUGCCUCGAUAACAGUCUGGAUGGUUCGUUUCCUCUUUGGUCCGGAUGACACGAUGUCGAAUAUUUCCAAAAACUGUUUGAAAUGUGAACACUUUUCCACUUUGCAUCAGUCCAUCUUAGAUGAUCUCGGGCCCAGAGAAGUUGGCGGCGUUUCUGGAUGUUGUUGAUAAAUGGCUUUCGCUUUGCAUAGUAGAGCUUUAACUUGCACUUACAGAUGUAGCGACGAACUGCAUUUAGUGACAGUGGUUUCUGAAGUGUUCCUGAGCCCAUGUGGUGAUAUCCUUUAGAGAUUGAUGUCUGUUUUUAAUACAGUGGAUCGAAGGUCACGGUCAUUCAAUGUUGGUUUCCGGCCAUGCCGCUUACGUGGAGUGAUUUCUCCAGAUUCUCUGAACCUUUUGAUGAUAUUAUGGACCGUAGAUGUUGAAAUCUCAAAAUUUCUUGCAAUUGCACUUUGAGAAACGUUGUUCUUAAACUGUUUGACUAUUUGCUCACGCAGUUGUGGACAAAGGGGUGUACCUCGCCCCAUCCUUUAUUGUGAAAGACAUUUUUUGGGAAGCUGUUUUCAUGCCCAAUCAUGGCAACCACCUGUUCCCAAUUAGCCUGCACACCUGUGUUUGAUGAGCAUUCCUCAACUUGAUCAGUAUUUUUUUUGCUACCUUUCCCAACUUCUUUGUCACAUGUUGUAAAGUCAAUGAUUAUUUGCAACAACACAAAAAUAUUUAUCAAUUUGACAUCAAAUAUGUUGUCUUUGUAGUGCAUUCAAUUGAAAAACAGUUGAAAAGAAUUUGCAAAUCAUUGUAUUCUGUUUAUAUUUACAUCUAACACAAUUUCCCAACUCAUAUGGAAACGGGGUUUGCAUGAGUGUUUUGUGUCCAUACAGCAGGCCUCCAGGAAUCAUAUUUAUGUUUGUCUUUUUGCAUUUCAUUCACCUGUUUAAAUUGUUAGUGUUAUCUGCACAUCGGCCUUUAAGACUUGCCUUGUAUUUGAGUCCAUGGGCUCACUCUGAAUAUUGUACUUUUUAUGUUUUGUAAAGAUAAAUGGUUAAUUUUUGUUUCUAAUUUAAAGAGAAGUGCAUUCGUCCAUCCAAAUGAAGAAAAUUGCUCAAAUGUGAUGAUGUUUCUGUACGUGGAAUUAAUGUCUUUUGCCGGACCGCUUUUAAUGUGUGCAAGCCUGCCUGCAUAGAUGAUUGUAUUAGCCGCCGUUAAGUAAAAAUAAAUAAAAAUAAUGGCUAACAAUUAUGGAUACAGCAAGAAAUAAAAUGUGUUAUUUUGCGAGCACAGUGGAAGUAGGAUGAGUUAUCUUGGGAACUCAUCCUGGUGAUAUUAUUGCUAAAUGAAAUGACUGAAUGACAAGUUCACAGUUUUUUUUUAUUUUUUUAUUAUUAUUAUUUUUUUUUUUCAUUUGCACGGGGCCAAUGGGCCGCUAUUUACGAGAAACACUAACAAUCAUGUAGGACACAAUUUGGAAUGGUGCUAUGGAAGUUGUAACACUCAAGAAAGGUUUAAGUUAUGAACUGAAUUACCCUGAUAUUUUUUAAGCUUUACUAAAUAUUUAUCUUCAUAACAACAUUACAAAAAAGUGUUGUUUUUUUUGUCAUGUACUGUAUUAUUCUUUUCUUUUUUUUAACAUGCCUUAUUUUUGUACAUAACUUUUCAAAGAAGGGAACCGAAUUGUACAGAAGGUGACAUUAAGACGAUCUGUCAUGAGUCGGGUGAAAUAAUAAAGUCUGUGAAUAUGA